UUGAUGUGGGUGUAUGUCCUAAGGGUUGGAAAGAACGACCAUCGAGUGGCACAUGUUACUAUAUAUCCGACAAAACCGAUGAAAAAACUUGGGAGAAGGCUAUGCUUACCUGCAAACAUCGGCAAGGAGAUAUGGUCAAAAUUGAUUCAAUUCAAGAAAAGUCCUGGUUGAGGAAUGAGAUUCAGUCGCAGCUCAAGUUCCAAAACACAGACAAAUGGUGGAUUGGACUAAACAACCGGCCGAGAUUUGACAACAAUUAUUAUAAGUGGGGAGAUGGUUCAUCCCUUAAUAGUAACAUUCUGCGUUGGAACCCCGGGGAGCCGAACAAUUCUGGUGGAAGAGAACAUUGCGCACAAUACAUGAUGACCACUGACUCAAUCAACGACAAAGAUUGUGAUUUAUCUAUGCCUUAUAUAUGUGAAAUGAAGAUGUACUGGACCCAGCCAAUAAACAAACCUGGCAUAGUCACACAUAAACCAACACUUCCACAGACGGUUGCGCCAGUAACAAUUCCUAACAAAGUUCCUGUUCCAAUUGGGGUGACGGCGGUAACAUCUGGGCCCAAUGUAUUCACAACUGGGUGUUUCAAGCAAACAGAUUGUGCGGGAAAAGCUUGGCAGAAAUUACCCAUCAUGCAACGGAUGUGGAUAUUACUUGACAUGUGCACCAAAUGGUGUAUUCUUGCGAAAAUGUCCUCAAAAUACGAAAUAUGAUGCAAAUAUUGACGCUUGUUCAUUCACAAAUCUACUUGUCGAGGACCAUAAUUAAGUAU